AUGGAAAGUUUUUAUUCUCUGGAAGCGGAGGAACCCCAGAGCAGGAGUAAAACUGCAGGAUCACUCAAGUUUGUGUCCGAGGCGCAAGGAGAUGUGUGGAGAGAAGGUGGAGAGGGCAGAUCAGAGCCGUCCUGCUCUCUCAGUGUCAGAAACAUCUCCUACACUGUCAGUGAGCGUGUUGGACCAUGGUGGGACUUAUCCUCCUGCAGGAAGCGGUGGACUCGUCAAAUCCUCAAUGACGUCUCCUUCCAUGUAGACAGUGGGCACAUUAUGGGUAUUCUGGGUAAUUCAGGUUCGGGCAAAACAACCCUGUUGGAUGCCAUUGCUGGUCGGAUUGGAAACGUCGGCACUCUGCUAGGUGAGGUCUUCAUUAAUGGCAGAAAACUCAAGAGAGAAGAAUAUGAGGACUGCUUCUCAUAUGUCUUACAGAGUGAUAACUUGCUGAGUUAUUUGACAGUGGAGGAGACUCUGACUUACACUGCACAGCUGGCACUACAGAAACACUCAGCAGAUGCCAUCAAGAAAAAGGUGUUGGCAGUGAUGGCUGAGCUGAGUCUGAGUCAUGUGGCACACAGUGUUAUUGGAGGUCGAAUUUUCCCAGGGAUUUCUGGUGGUGAGAGACGGAGGGUCUCCAUCGCCAGCCAGUUACUUCAGGAUCCAAGGGUAAUCUUACUGGAUGAGCCAACCACUGGCCUGGACAGCAUGACGGCCAAUCAGAUUGUGGUACUGCUGGCGGAACUGGCUAAGAGGAACCGCAUCGUCAUUGUGACCAUCCAUCAGCCCCGCUCAGAGCUCUUCAGGGUGUUCAGCAGGAUAGCCAUAAUGAGUCGGGGGGAGCUGGUGUUUUGUGGUCAGCCAGAGGAAAUGGUGGAUUUCUUCAGCCAAUGCGGAUAUGAAUGCCCAGAGUACUGCAACCCUUUUGAUAUCUAUGUUGACUUCACCUCGGUGGACACGCGCAGCAGUGAGAGGGAGGCCGCCACGUUUAAUCGAAUGCACGAGAUCACCUCCGCCUAUCAGAGAUCCGCAAUCUACCAGAACAUGCUGGAGGAAAUGGAGCAGAGCCUGCAGAUAUCAGACAAACCUGCCAUUCCUUUUAAAAACAAAGAGUCCCCCAACGGCGCUGCCAAGCUUGGAGUUUUGGUUAGGCGAACAGUUCGAAACCUUUCCAGAGACAGGAUUGGUGUCGUAAUGCGUCUGUCCCAGAACCUGAUCUACGGUUUCUUCGUAGCCUUCUUUGUCAUACAUUUAGACAUGGACGUGACCAAGGGUGCAGUGCAGGACCGAAUAGGAAUGAUCUAUCAGUGUGUGGCUGCUUCACCCUACACUGGCAUGCUCAACGCUGUUUCUCUCUUCCCGUCGCUGCGAGCCAUCAGUGAUCAGGAGAGUCAGGAUGGGCUGUACAGUAAAUGGCAAAUGUUCUUGGCCUAUAUCCUCCACAUCCUGCCCUUCAGCAUCCUGAGUGUUGUCAUCUUCAGCUCUUUUAUUUACUGGACAGUAGGGAUGCACCCAGAGACAUGGCGCUUUCUCUGUUUUACUGCUGUGGUUCUUGUUCCACAUGUUGUAGGAGAGUUAUUGACAGUGGUUCUGUUAGGAGUGGUCCAGGACCCUAACAUGGUCAACUCAGGAGUGGCUUUACUCAACAUCGCAGGAAUCCUGGUGGGAUCUGGCUUCCUCAGGAGCACGGAGCACAUGCCGGUGCUGUUCCAGUGGCUUGGUUACCUGACCUUCCAGAAGUACAGCUGUGAACUUCUCAUCGUCACAGAGUUCCACAAUCUGGAGUUCAAUUGCAAUUUAACGAGACCCUUACCAGGAGCUUGCAUGGUCACUACAGGAGAUCAGAUCAUUGACCAGGGCUACCCAGGAGCUUUAUCCCGAUACACACUAGACUUUGUUCUCCUCUACGCCUUCCUUCCUGCUUUGGUUGUGAUGGGAAUAAUCGGCUUCAAGAUCAGAGACAGACUCAUCCGCCACUGA